AUGGAGCAGUCGCGAGCUGUACAGGAAGCUCAGGAAGCUCAGGAAGCCGAUGACUGGGCAAAAAAAUUGUGUGAUCCGUGUAAAGCAUGCGUCAAGUUCUGCGGCAAAUCAUUCCCUGACUGGCUUGGCCAGCAAAGCUAUAUGAACGGCAUGUCGGGUAUGAUGUUCUACGAUAGUCGUCCUCAGCACACGCACACCUCCCACGUGAGCUUUGUUCAAGCCGCCAUGGGAGGCUGCUUCAUCUGUCGGGAGCUGUUUUCGGAGCUGUUUUCGGAGCUGCAGUCGUCGACGCUGUCAGGGUCCCGUCCUCAGAUUGCCAAUGUCUCAUUUAAGAUGCAAUUCCUCGCUACCGAGGAAUUUGGAUGUCGCCUCAUCUUUACAGUGCAGUUGGCCCGUACGAGUACCCAGGAUCCGGCGGAGCUGACACAAAAGUUUCUGUUGGGAAAAAAUAAAGCAUCGCAGACAAAUGGGAGACUCGCUUGGUAUCCUACGCGUUUGAUUGAUGUGGGGGGUCCAGCGGCGAAGCGAAGCGGUGUCAAGAUAAUUGAGACUGCGACUUCUUUGCCGCAGGGCCCCUUGAAAGACUGGGAAAAGGAAUCUUCUCUCAUGGCAUCUGUAUACGGAAACAGCCUUUGCACUUUGGCCGCGACAGCGUCUUGCAAUUCACAAGGCGGCCUCUUUCGAAAAAGGAGCAAAUUUGGCCUUGGAAUAUGCGCUGAAGAUGAAGAUGAUACCAUGCUACUUGUGUCGGAGGGGGCAGCAAAUAAAAUGUUGUCCGAUAUUGAGAAAGCACCACUGCAGAAGAGAGGCUGGGUCUUGCAGGAGCGACUCCUGUCUCGGAGAAUGAUUCAUUUCACUCGUCAACAGCUUGUAUGGCAGUGCGAGGAGCUCAAUGCCUGUGAGGCUUUGUCUGACGGGUUUUCUGUAUCCAGUAUCAAGUUGCCUGUCAAGCUUGGGGUCAAAAUUGGAAGCAGAGCGCCCGAUAUUGACCUUCUCGAGGCUUGGGACGGUAUUCUUAGCCGCUACACAUCAGCUUCUUUGACCAGACGCUCGGACCUGCUUCCAGCCUUGUCUGGGAUAGCUACACAUUUGCAAGAACUGACGGGCGCAGCCUAUCUCGCCGGAAUCUGGAACCUACAUCCGGAGUCGUUUCUGAUGCAUUUAGGCUGGCGCAGUGAGCCGCCUACAGCACAUCGUUCAAAGGAAUACCGAGCCCCGUCUUGGUCUUGGGCAUCUACCGAGAACCGAAUCAAACUGUUUCCUUUUGAAUACGAUCGAGACUUUUACACGAUCGAAAUGAUGUCCCUCAAUGUUGCCGCCGGGUCGAAGGUCAUCCGCGCCGAUGUCGUGCCCGUCUCGAAAGACCCACACGGGAGCGUUUCGGCCGGAAUGCUGAUUCUCGAGGGGCCUCUGAAUGAGAUUGUGGUGCGACCCGGUAUUAAGAACCCUGAUCUAAAUGGAACUCCCUUGGGAAUGGAAAUCUUCCUGGAUGAGCCCCUCAGCACAGAAAAGACACUAUUCACGCUGCCACUUUAUAACUAUUAUGUGCCGCACCUUGACCUUGAGUUGGGUGAUGAUGGGACUGAACUCAUAUUUCUCCUACUUCUGAGGGGGGACGAGAACUAUACUCGAUGUGGAGUAGGGCGGUGGUUUUGGACGAACGGCGUCAACUACCCAGACAUCUGGGACAAGAUUGUGACAACAUGUAGCAAUCCAUUUGACGAGGACUACAAGUCAAGUAACAGGAAAGAAGUCCACAUAGUAUAG